UGUGGGCUCACAACUUUGAAGCCACGUUUACUUCUUUUCUUUUCUUUUUUUGUUUGCGAAAAAUACUCAAAAUGUUAGCGCAUUGCACAAAGUCAUCGCUGCCGGCGGCGGACGCCCACCUACCAACGCUGCGGCUCCCAAAUCCACGGCGGAGUCCGGCCCCGGAGCUUCAUUUCGGCUUCAAUAGUUUUUCUACUAGAACAUCGAAACUGCAAGUCAAAGCUUUGGACCGGAACAGUAACAACAGUAGCACCGGUGACGGCGUCGGCGCUAGUAAGAACGCCGCUUCAUCGCCGUCAUCAUCGGUUCCGAACACGAACUACGUGGUGCCACUAGACAAGGCUUCGUCUUGCAUUACUCGUCCCUUGGCCGAGAUCCUACGUGACCUGAACAAGAGAAUUCCUGAUAACAUCAUCAAAGCUGGUAACAAUGAUGAUCACUCCACCUUUAUCACCUGGUACCAUGCUAACCGGAUGUUGAGCUUCUACGCUCCAGGCUGGUGCGGGGAAGUACGAGAUGUCAUUUUCUCAGAUAAUGGAAGUGUGACAGUUGUUUAUCGUGUCACUAUACGCGGAUCAGAUGGAGAGGUUUAAUGAUAAAGCAACUGUUCAUUAUUCUAUUUGAAGGACCACGUCUCUUCUAUUAGCUUGCAUGUAGGUUGUGGGCUCUGUUCAUUACACUACCAACCAUCACUAAAGGUGCCUUUAUUUGGCUCAAGUAUCAUGUGUUAUUGAUGUGUUGUAAAACUACCAAGAUGGAGAAGUCUAUUGAUCAAUAAUUGAUCUUGCUAUGUUUUUGAAAAAGCAAGCAAGCACUUCCAAGUUCCGAUAAACACUUGUCCUGUUGAAUUUAUGUUGAAGUCAUAGUCACCUUCCUUCCUUUUUUUGAUAUGUGUACUUGUACAUUCUUUUGAUGCAUUAUUCUAGGCACACCGUGAAUCAACUGGAACAGUAUCACCAGGCAAUGGACAGUACACAGAUGUGGUUGCUGCUGCUGAGGAGAUAGCAUUUUGCAGAGCAUGUGCUCGUUUCGGGCUUGGCUUGUAUCUGUAUCAUUAAUAAGAAUAGUGGACAGUUUUGAAGAUGCUGUUGAAGGAAACAUGAUGUAAUAUUUAUUAUGCGGGAUGAUGUAAAAAUAUUAUUCAUGAGGAUUGUUAGUUAUGUACUAAAAUUAUGGUCAUGGUCAUGGUCAUGGAGGAUGAAGCCUCAAAAUAUGAAAAGAUAUCAGAUAUCUUCUAUUGUUCGACAGAAGUGUAUCGUAUGUAUUUGUUAGAUUGUAAUGCCUCAGUAGUUGAUGCUUAUUAUUUAUGUAGAAAUAACGUCCACUGAUCA